AUGUGCGUGCCGAAAACCUCACAUAGGAUGCAAGGGAGUUUUCAGGCGUUUGCAUGGUCCUUCGCAACGUUGACACAAAUCUCACGUCUGGUGUGGAGACUUCUCGCAGUACGCGCGUUGCCAUAUGACGCUGUCCUCGAUGCAUAUCUGAAGUACGAAGAAGUCAAAGUGAGCGAGAUGAUUGCAAUUCGGUGGAUUUGUUGUAAUCAAUCAUCUUCAGGUAAUGGCAUCGACAAGACCACAUUUCCUUGGUCACACAAGUCUCUCCGUUCGACUCAACAUCUCCUCUUCAUGCCUUCUCCAUCUCCCUCGAAUGGACCCGUCCUUGUCAAGCCAGCAGCUAGCUACGAGGGUUGCUGAUAACAUUUCUUCCUGGAAUAAUUGCUGUGCGCAGUUGCUGGGCAGUUUCAAAUUGGCUGGCUGUUGCUGGUCGUUUGCCAAAACUAAACUCGCCAUGACCUCGCCAUGUGCAUUUGGGCGGCGCUGAGGUCGUUCUCGAAGAGAUGGAAGUAAUUGCACCACAGCAGUCGGGUCUUGCUGAGAUGGUCAUGAUCUUGGUAUUCGCCAAGAUGGAUCUCAACGCAAAGCGGUGGAUGUCGAUGUCGAUGUCGCAACAAGCUAGCUUUCCUUUCUAUCCGGCGAUAUAUAGACCAGUUCUAUUCUUCACAAUAAUAGCACUUAUCAUGCAUGCAAGGGCUUCGAACCAUGGCAUCAUGACUUGGAAGAA